AUGUCCAAAAAAUUAAAAGAAUUUUUAAAUCUUGAUUAUUAAAUCCAUAAUAAAGUACCAUCUUUAGUUUUAUUGAUAUAGUGUUUAAGUUACCAGGCUAUUAGGAUCAAAACAGACCAUCCCAAAAUGGACUUCAUAUAUCUGAUUUGGAAGAUGGGAUUACAGAGGAACAACUAUUUGUGGAGUUUAGAAAGUUUGGAUAAAUUAGCUAUGUUAAAUUACACAGGUAUAUGAUUAGACUAUAAUUAGAUAUCAAUUCAUUGGGAAAUCAAAGCAUUAUGCAUUCAUAUAUUUUUCAUCAUAAGAAGAAGCAAGGAAAGCAAAAGAGGCAAUGAAUUACAAAUA